UCGAGGAGAUUCCCCGAGUAUUUGCAGCAGAGCUGAAUGCGUAGACAAAAGACGCGCUGAAAUUAUUCGGGAUAACUUCUACAGCAGAAUAUGGGAGUGAAGUUCAAUUACAAGACAUAUCAUUUUACAAGAAGUCGGUUCUGAUUGGUUCCUAUGGCUGAUAUCACAUUGAAGCUGAUCUGGUAUCGGCUAGGGGAGAGUUUCGACAAAAUGGCGAAUGCGGGCCAGGGAAUUACGGCUUGGUUGUUUUCAGACUGGGACGAUAAUUUGUUGGAUGUUUUGCUUUUCGGAUGGAUUGGAUGGGCAGUAUUAGUCGUUAUAAUUGUCAAUGCAGUGUUGACAUUUUUCGGGCCCCUGAAACCCCGUGAUAGUUGGGACCAGAGCACAAGAGGGGUUCCAGGGACGAUUGUAGUAGAGAAAACCGGAUCGGAAUCCUGUCAGUGGUUGAACUCUGCUUUAAAUUGGUUUUAUUUACAUUAUGACAAAUUUCCAGAGUUCGUGGACGCCUGGGUGUUGGGUUUGAACGAACAGACAACAAAACUUGGGGGACCAGUACAGCUGAGGUUUGAGAGAGUCAAGUCCGGCAGUCUGCCACCUAAGUUCAGUGAGGUGACUUUCCAAGCUGGCCCCGAGGACAAAUAUGUUGUCAAAUGCAAGGUGGACUCCAAAGACCUGUCAUUUGCCAUUUUCGCUUCCCAGCAGACUUCAGAAGGCGUUAAGCUCACCAACUUGACCACGAGCAUACUCAAGCUGAAAGGCUCGCUUCGAUUGGAAUGCUUCAACAGAGGAAACGAUAUGAUGGCUAAGGUCGCGUUUGAAGGUCGUCCUGAUGUUCGAAUCGUUGGAAAACCUGUGAACCCUUACCAGGACCCCUCAGACCUGGUGGAUAUUGAAGUGGUGGAGGAGGUGGUUAGGAAUGCCAUCUGUCUGGCCACCACCGAAUUCAACAUCACCAAGUGUAUAACCGGUCAGUCCCAGAACAUCCCCCGAGUAUGUGGUGGGUCCCCAGCCUCCUCCCCCGUCUCUCCCAAGCCCCGCAGCGAGGAAGUAUUCAAACCCAUUGAGGCCAAGCAGACUCAAAGCACGUUUCAGUCUCCAAACUCAAGCUUUGCAACCCCUGCACCAAGGUCAAACAGAACUUCGGAGGAGAAAAGACUGUUGGUCAAGGUCAUUAAAGCAAGUGGACUGGCUGCCAAAGGGGCCACUGGCACCAUUGACCCAGCCUGUGUUGUGUUCAUGGAUAAUCCUCCCCAGAGCCAGAUUACCAGUGUUGUCAAGACUUCCCUCAAUCCUUUCUGGGAUGAACAGUUUUUGUUUGAAAUAAGUGGAAAUACUAAGGAGCUUAAGUUUGAAGUCAUUGACAAAAGCAGACCCACUGGAGAGAAUUUCCUGGGUGAGGCGACAGUGUACUUUGAUGACAUUAAGAGAAAUGCCAGCAGUCGACAGAUCAUCCCCCUACAGGGUGUUACAGAUGAUGGCACCAUGGCCAGCGGCUCCAUCACUGUGGAGUUUCUGUUUUUGGACCCUGUUGAUACAAAUGGCUUAGGCCCAGUACUGAACCAGCAGAGGAAUGUCACGUCUCCAAAGAGAACCAUCCAAGUGAACCAGGCUCGGACACCAGGGGGCACUCUGGUUACCACGACAACUAUGACAACAGAAAGACCAAGAGAUCAGAAGCAUGAAGCUCCUGUGGAUGCAUCCCCACAUUAUGUAGAGAAGCAAAAUGUUUUUGAUUUUGAUAUGUCGGAAAACACAAGUAUAGACACUUUGAACACGACCAACGCCAGUCUGAAUCAACAGAAUUUGUCUCUCUCAUCUUCAGCAGAAGUAGUAACAAUGAAUGGGGUGGAAUCAGUGACUGAAACAGCCAUUAGAGAGUUAAAGAACAGAAAGUUCAAAUCUAAAACACCAUCUAGGACUAGUACACUCAUCAUUACAGGGGUCAAAAAGAGCCCUGAUGAGGUACAGCAGGAAGUUCCCGUGGUAACGACCCAACCUCCAUCACCAGGUCAGCACGAUCAAAAAGACCGAAAGAAGGGCAUGUCCCUUGCACGACAAAUCAAGAAAAGGUUUUCUCGCUCAAAGAAGCGCUCGCACAGUGCUGAAAGGUCGAGCAACUCUUUGAGAGAGGGCUCGAACUAUCUGCAGCCACCCGACUCUGGCCACGGGAAACCACAAUCCAAAGAUGACAUAGAAUUGGUGAGAGGGAAGGCUGAGUCGCCAGGAACACCUAAUCUGAAGAAAUCUCGCUCCCUGGGAGGAAGCCUCAAGAAGCUGUUCCGUAGGGGCAGGAAGCAGGACAGAUCCCAGGGCGAGACUUCCAGGGAGAGCUCAUUCUCGAGAUCCUCAACUCGAAACGUCUCGCAAGGACCUUCCAGGGAUGGUUCACUUAGUAGAAAUGCUGACCCAAAGGAUAUGCAAUAUCAACAGACAUUAAUCUCAUAGCAUUAUGUCAUUGUCAAUUAGAGAGAAAUUUUAAUAUUUAUUUUCUUAAAAAGUGAUUAUUUAUAUUAAUAGAUUAAAUCUUUCAUGGGUAUGUAGCUAGAAAGCUAGUAUUUUUACACAUUUUGCCUCAACUAACUUUUGAUUUGUGAUUAAAAAGUGAGACAAGAAAAAUAUUUUAUUUCACCUCAUAAAUAACAACAGCUAUUUCAUGGUGUGAUAGUUUAUUCUCAUUUCCUCUGAGCAAGAUAAACGAAAUUUGAUUAGAAAAAAAUAUGUGUUCAAAUGAUAGUCCCAUGGUAUAGAAAAUUGAUGUAAAUACAUGUACAGCCAAUGCAAAAAACAUUUACCAGGGGGUACAUGUAUCAUAUUAAUUGUAUGAUGUAAUGGAUAGAUAUGAAUUUUAAGCUUUUUCAUUCAACUUAGCAUUCAUCCACAUACAUCUAAUUGUCUUGCCGAUGAGGUUAGUGCAUUAUGAAAAUCAACAAGAAGCCAGGGUCUUCCUUUGGUUUUAUUGUUUAACUGGUUCAGCUUACUGUGAACAUACAGCAUACAUUGUCCCUUUUAAGGUGGUAUGGGGCAGCUCUAUAUUGUGAUGUAUUUCCUAUUGAAAUGUACAAAAAAAAAAUCAAUAAUUAUAUAUUAUUGUAUUAUUACCAAAAUUGUAACAUAAUAGCGUAGCACAAUCAAUUAGAAUGCUGACUACAACUCUGAAAUUCAUGAAUUCGAAUCCUGCUGGGACUCUAAAAUUUGUUAACUUUUGAAAAAAAUUUG